AUGUCCUCGCUCCAGCUCAGAAUUUUGCACACGCUGGACCAGAAGCAGCAGAUCGCCGACACGGCGGCCGAGUUUGCGGACGUCGACACAGCGGCCAUGCAGGCGGCGCUGAUGUCGCUCGCGGCCAGAAACAUGGUGGAGUACAAGACCCACGAAAGCGACAAGUGGAUGUUGACGGCGGAGGCCAAGGACAUUGUUGCGCACGGGUCGCACGAGUUCCGGCUGCUGCAGAAGGUGACGGAGUCGCUGGACGGGCUCAAGAUCUCGGAAGUCGACAGCGUGAUGGGCAGCAACGGGAAGGUGGCCCAGGGCAGAGCGUUCAAGAACGGCUGGAUCGGCAAGGACGGCGACAAGCUGGUCGCCAAGGUCGCUGCGGGCAGCCAGGUGCAGGACGCGACCGCGGAGCAGCUCAAGGAGAUCGAGAAGACCGGCGGUCUGGCCAACAAGAAGGACCUGGCCGAGCUCAAGAAGAGAAAGCUCAUCACGCAGUCCAAGGUGUUCACGUACAGCGUUUUGAAGGGCGCCGAGUUCGCGCUGGAGAUCAAGCAGCUGGAGACAGACAUCACCAGCGACAUGGUUGUGAGCGGCUCGUGGAGCAAGGCCGAGUUCAAGCCGUACAACUUCGACUCGCAGGGCGUGAUGCCGUCUGCCGGAGCGCUGCAUCCGCUCAACAAGGUCAGAGAGGAGUUCAGACAGAUCUUCUUCAGCAUGGGGUUCUCGGAGAUGCCUUCCAACCAGUACGUGGAGAGCGGUUUCUGGAAUUUCGACACGCUGUAUGUGCCGCAACAGCAUCCGGCCAGAGAUCUGCAGGACACAUUUUAUCUGAAAGACCCAGCUACAGCUAAGGAGCCCCAGGACAAGGAGUACUGGGAGAACGUCAAGAGGGUGCAUCAGGACGGCGCGUACGGGUCCAUCGGGUACAGAUACCCGUGGAAGGGCGAGGAGUCGCUGCGGACCGUUCUGAGAACACACACCACGGCGAUCUCGUCGCAGAUGCUCAAGAAGCUGGCUGCCGACCCAAAGCCGACUAGGCUGUUCUCGAUCGACAGGGUGUUCCGUAACGAGGCGGUCGACGCGACCCACCUGGCCGAGUUCCACCAGGUCGAAGGUGUCUUUGCCGACUACAAUCUGACGCUCGGAGACCUGAUCGGCUUCAUGCAGCAGUUCUUCGACAAGAUGGGUGUUCAUGACCUCCGGUUCAAGCCCACGUACAACCCGUACACCGAGCCCUCGCUCGAGAUCUACGCCUGGCACAACGGGCUGGGCAAGUGGGUCGAGAUUGGGAACUCUGGGAUGUUCAGGCCGGAGAUGCUCGAGGCCAUGGGGCUGCCAAAGGAUAUGAGAGUUCUGGGCUGGGGACUGUCGCUGGAGAGACCUACGAUGAUCAAGUAUGCUGUCAGCAACAUUAGAGAGCUGUUGGGACACAAGGUUGAUCUGGACUUUAUCGAGAGCAACCCUGCAGCCAGACUCGAUGAAGCUAUUUUUUGA